UUGGGGGAUGUAGAGGAGUCCCGCCCACCCGCCGGGUUGCGGAGGGAGGCGGGCCGGUGGGCGGGACCAGGCUCCGGGACGCCCCGCCUCCGCCGCGGGGCUCGGGGGCUGGGCCUUCCUGCAACCUGUGCACUCCAACCUGCGCUCCCCAACAUGGCUCCGCGGCUGUGCGCUGUGUCUGCGGCGGCGCGGCGGCUGCUGCAGGGCCCGGGACCCCGCGCCGGGAACGCUGCGGCUACGGCGCGCUUCUAUUCCAAAGACAAUGAAGGCAGCUGGUUCCGUUCCCUCUUUGUCCACAAGGUGGAUCCCCGGAAGGAUGCCCACUCAACCCUGCUUUCCAAGAAGGAGACCAGCAGCCUCUACAAGAUCCAGUUUCACAAUGUGAAGCCUGAGUGUCUGGAUGCCUACAACAGUCUGACGGAGGCCGUGCUGCCCAAGCUGCACCUGGAUGAGGACUACCCCUGCUCGCUCGUGGGCAACUGGAACACGUGGUACGGGGAACAGGACCAGGCAGUGCACCUAUGGCGAUUCUCUGGUGGCUACCCAGCCCUCAUGGAUUGCAUGAACAAGCUCAAAAACAAUAAGGAGUACCUGGAGUUCCGGGAAGAGCGGAGUCAAAUGCUGCUAUCCAGAAGAAACCAGCUGCUCCUUGAGUUCAGCUUCUGGAAUGAGCCACUGCCCCGAGAGGGCCCCAACAUCUAUGAGCUGAGGACAUACAAGCUCAAGCCAGGAACCAUGAUCGAGUGGGGUAACAACUGGGCUCGGGCCAUCAAGUACCGGCAGGAGAACCAGGAGGCAGUGGGCGGCUUCUUCUCACAGAUUGGAGAGCUCUACGUGGUGCACCAUCUCUGGGCUUAUAAAGACCUGCAGUCUCGGGAGGAGACUCGAAACGCUGCCUGGAGGAAGAGGGGCUGGGAUGAAAAUGUCUACUACACAGUCCCCCUGGUGCGGCACAUGGAGUCUCGGAUCAUGAUCCCCCUGAAGAUCUCGCCUCUUCAGUGAUGCUGCCACAGCCUCCAUCUCUGUCCCCUUCUCCCUCAGGACAGCCUUGGACAGAGGAGCUUCCAGUCCUGCUCAGAUCUGGGGAGCUUUGGGGCUGGUGCUCAGCUCAGGCGAGAGUGAACUGAAAGUUGUUGGAUCUGUGGACUGGCAGCUCUGCACAGACCCUGCCCUCCAUCUCCACCCUCCUCCUUCCCCUCCUGCUAGAAGCAGUUUCUAGUGCUACUGAGGGAGGAGCAGGAGCCUUUCAUGUCUUCCCAUACCUUCCUCUAGGAUUCUUCACCUUAAGGCUCCCAGCCCCUGGUCAUCAGCAUGGGAAUCCUCAGUUUAGCUUUAGCGGCACAAAAAAUAGUGUGUCCGGUGGUUAGAGGUGGGAUGGGAAGGAAGGUGUUCAGGACCAGGCCAGUCAUUCAGGAAUUCCCUGGUUUCCACUGGACCACCCAUUUGCUGGACAGUCUGAGCCAAGUCCUUCUUCCUGUGGACAAGCCUGGAACCGCACAACGCUCUCAAAUAGUCAAGGUCAGGAGGAGGUCAAGACUUGCCACCCAGGAAGGCUGGGAGAAGAGAUGGGGGCCCGUAGGAUUUGGGAGAUAGCCAUGGAACAGGGACCCCAGAAAGCAGAACAUAGAAUUCAGAACUUUGGUUUGCACCAUAAAAUUUGGAGUCCAGAAUUGGAACACUAAAACAGGUAUCAGAAGACCACUUAGGGAGGGAUUGCUAAUAGAAGAUGAAUGAGGAGAGGCUCAUUCAUUUUUCCCUAAGUAAUAGGUUUGAGAACUUGAGUGUGUAGUUCCAACCUUUCUGUGCAGGCAAAGGGACAAGGCAAGACCUGUAUUUCCCCCACUCGAAUUCCUUCUCCCUCCCUUCAUAUUCUCAUUCUAUUGGACCACUUGGUAUGGGGUUCACCUUACGAACCCCUGGAUAGCUUGAUUCUGCCUCCCUUCAAGGAAAACUUGUGCUAGAGUUUCUGGUGGAACCAAUUAAAUAUUUACUAUAAA